AUGCUCCGGAGUUACACGCGCUGCAAGUUGGACAGAAAUGGGACCGACAUCAAUGACGCCGCUCGAAGCAGCCACGACGAUACCAUAAUUGGUAGUAGGAGCGAAAGCGAGGACGACGAAUUUGAGGAUGACCUUAACAUGCUCCGUGAGUUCUCUUUGGUAACGAUUACUACGCAGAGCGGUUUGCUUGAAAUGCACCCGCUCAUGCAAUUUUGCUCGCAAUUCUGGGUUUCGACGUUUGACAACCUACGAAAAUGGAGACGGAGGUUUCUGCAGGUCAUAUCAAAGGAAUACCCCGGUCGGAGAGAUUCUGAGACUGGACAAGACGCUGAAGAUCUCACACGACUGCUUGCCGACGUAGGGGUGUUUAGGUCAAGAAUGUGGAAGUAUGGAGAAGCGGAGCAGAUGACUCGACGGGCAGUGCGUCGCUAUGGGGAAACGCUAGGGGGGAAAUGCACCCUAUCGCGCUCAAGGGCAACACUGUUCUUGCCGUCAUACUACAAGCAGGCCAAGUAUGAAGAUCACAAGCUAUGUUACAACUCUGCCAACUCUGCUGUUGUGUCAGCCACUCUACCGUUUCUCAAAACACGUUCCGCUUUAAGUCAAGUUUCCCAGAAUGUCGAUGCUGUCAUUCGCCGUGUUAUCGAGGUUGCUCUGGAAAGGGUUCCCGUCCUCCGAAACCGGCGCGGCCGCGCUCAAGACGAGCGACUUUUGAUGAUGCACAGGAAUCGUGAGAUGCUCGCCUGGAAGAUGUACUAG